ACAGCACAGACUACUCUGUAUGAAGAAAUAUAAACGACGUUGUAAAGAAUUAGCAACGAACGGCGAGUCAUCUAUCUUGGUCCUGCCGUCGAAAAUAUCUGCUCGAAGUUUGUUCCUCAUGAUGAUUUUUGCCUCAUCAAGUCGACUUUUUUGGAAAUAAAAGGAAAAAAAAAGGUGUGAUUUCACGACACCAAGUUCUGAGUGAGCUAGACACGAAGCCACAGAUUACCCAUCAAUAGUACAAGCGACGCGAAUCGCCCUCAAAGUGCAGUGAUUUCACAUUAGCCUGGUGAGAAGAUAGAAAUGGCAAACACGACUACGAACUUCACCUCACAUCUCAACACCACACAGCCCAUGUCAGGAGGGGGUUGGGGCGGGGGAGGAUUUGGCGUCCCCUCAAAGGAGUCAGUCAUCUUGGCCUGCUUCUUUUACACCGUUAUCGCCCUCGUUGCCGUGUUUGGCAACCUAAUGGUUGUAACAGCUUUCUUCAUCAACGACAAACUCCGUACUGUCACAAAUUACUUUGUGUUGGGCUUAGCAGUUGCAGACAUUUUCGUGGGUGCGCUUUCAGUUCCCUUGUGGAUGUACAUUUUAAACUACUACGCCGACUUACGGCCGAUGGAUUUGAGGUUUAGAAACUUGAACGAACUCUAUAUAGCGUUAGAUAACUUCGCAGGGAUAUCCUCUAUUCUGCAUCUCAUGGCUAUUUCGAUGGAGCGAUAUUUUUGUGUUGGUUGGGCCGUGAAACACCGCAACACCAAAAAGUACGUCUACUACAUUGCCUUGUUUCUGGUCUGGUUCAUUUCAGCCUUGGCAGCUUCCAUCAAACACACGAUCCCUAGCAUCAAAAAAGAAGACCUUGUUCUUUUAACCUUUGUCGUCUUCUUUCUGCUACCGCUGACGGUCAUCAUUGUGUCGUAUGCAGCCAUUUGGAAAAUUGCCAUGACCAGGAUGAACAACAACCCAAGUAAGCGCUCCCUUAAGAGGGAGAUUCGCACCGCCACAACCAUUGCCUUUGUCAUUGGGUUCUUUCUGAUUGCUUGGACUCCAUUUUUCAUCACACUUAUAGUAGUAGUGUACUGCCCCAUAACCACGUGUCCCUAUAGUUGGUCUGCGACGAUCUUUUACAAAUUUCUUCAUUAUUCCAAUUCCUCAAUCAAUCCCAUUGUGUAUGGCGUCAGAAUACCUGAGUUUCGUAAGACUUUCAAGUUCAUUCUGCGACGAAUCUAUGGACCCAUUUUAGCACCAUGUAGAAAUUAACUUAAUGUUAGUUUUUUGAAAGUCCUAAAUCGCUUUCAUGAGCUUAACACAGCAGUUAUUCAACACCUAGAACUAUAACCAUUUACUCAAACAUCAGAGCCACUUUCACUUGUUAACCCUUUUCUAUGAAGCCACGCAUACAUCCUUUAAAUUUGCACGACUACUGCUGUUAUUUGUUUCUUGUUGAAAUUAAGAGACAACAUUAUGUAACUGUGUACAUAGCAAGGGUGUUUGAUGUGACACCUAUUGCAGCCUAAAACACCCACAAUGAUUCCCGAUUUCCAUUGCAGUGAACCGUUUAUA